UAUCUAUGUCCCAUCCAGUGGAGUGUGGCGGAUAUGAAGGUGUGAGCAAGUAGUAAAGCAUGGAUGGAUAUCAGUAUUUGCUGCUCCUGAUAAUACCAACGAGUUCUGCAGAUGUUUUACUGGCUGGAUCAUCAUCGUACGCCGUGUUGGGUCAGAGCUUCCGGUUUACCUGCACUGUAACGGGGUCAUCUACAGGACAACUCCUAACCUUCAAGAGAGAUUAUGGAGACGUUUGUACAGUCUCACUCAACCCAUGUCAACAGUUCUCAGCCCCUCCAGGUUACACCUGUCCCUGUGGACAGAGUGGCGUGUACAACAUGGACAUAACCAGCGUCAGUCAGAGAGAUGAAAGAAGAUGGGAAUGUGUACUUUCUCAAACCAGCAACAACAUCAUACUGCCUGUUUACUACGGACCAUUCAACAACGUGACUCUAGACAAACCCUCCCCUCUGACUCUGACAGAGGAUGUGACUGUGUCUCUGACUGCCAGAUGUUCUGCUGACUGUAAGCCUGCCUGUAGCUACAUCUGGAUGAAGGGAACACAGCAGGUGUCUGACAACAGAGUGCUUCCUGUAGGCAGCUUCAAGAGAGGUCAGGGGGGAGACUACAGAUGUGAAGCCAGGAACACAGCUACUGGAGCUGCAGCUGAUAGUCAAACACUCACAGUGAAUGUACAGUGGCAUCCAGCACAACCUACACAUGACUGUCCCCCUUGGAUAGUCCGAGAUCAGACAGUCAGAUGUACAUGCCAGACAUCAGACAGAGGUAACCCUUCAGGUACAGUCCAGUGGAUCAGUCCGGGAGGGCAGAUGAUCUCCUCUUCAGUGUCCUCAUCUGUGCAGCUGAAUUUGACCUCAAUCCGGAGUUCUGACAAUGACAGGAACUACAUCUGUAGGGCAGGCAACUCUCUUCCCAGCUCGAACAGUGAUACAACUUACAUGGCUAGCAUUGCAUACUUGGAGAGACCGCAGCUGAAGUUUGACAAGGUAGAAGCACAGGAGAAUACCUCAGUUACUGUAACCUGCACCGUUGAGAGUAAUCCCAUUGCUGAGAUGACAGUAGAGGACAUUGGCAGUGAGGCACAACCAACUUUUGGAGUUGCAAAUACCCUCACUUUUACAAUAGACAAGACACAGUGUUUGCAAAUUAUGUAUCGAUGCACAGUUAAGAACAUUCAAAUGAAAACUCUGAUAUCAACUGUGAAACAGCCCAAUAUUGCGUGUUCCCCACGUCCUGACUCUAGCAAGCAAACGGACACCAUAGUAACAGGGAAAAUCAAGACAACUGCUUCACUGACAGCAGAUGUCAUAGCCAACCCAUUACCUAACUUCACCUGGUACCAUUAUCAAGGGAUGACCCCAGUACCAGUUGUUAUUGGAACAGACAAUGGUGUCCUCACUAACGGUCUUCAGUCUGUUUUGAAAGUACAUAUAAAACGUAACGAGGAUUACGGAAUUUAUCGUGUUGUCGUUCAGAACCGUCAGGGUAUCAUUUCGCUUUUCUUCGGCAUAACAAAAGAUGUGUCGACACCGGAGGCCCAAUCGUGUAACACCCUCCCUGUAGCUGUUGGAGAGGGAACUAUCAUUGUGAUAUUGAUUCUAGUUACAGUCUUCAUUGCAUACAGACGAAGACUUUUUAAAGUUUUGCCUGAAGGGUAUGCUGUUGACGAUGGUAAAAUAAUGACAAGCCUACAACGACAUGGGAGUAUACAUGGACGAGCAGUGGAUGACCCCUUGUCUACUGAGACAGGCACGUAUUCCAGUUCGUAA